GUAGAGGCUUAUUUAUCCUCACGAGAAAAUCCUCUUCCCGCCUUCCGUCGUCUUCAAUCUCAUCUCAUCUCAUCUCCACUCCCUCACAAAAAUCAAUGCUACUUCCAGAAUGAGAGCGAGACCAGAUUCUUCUUCUUCUUCUUCUCUGCAAAUGGACACGCCGGAGAAGAUCCAGAUCGCUAACCCUCUCUCUAAAUUCGAGGAUUCCCCUGUUUUUAACUACAUCAAUAAUCUGUCGCCUAUCAAACCAGUGAAAUCGGUACACAUUACUCAAACAUUCAAUUCCCUCACAUUUGCAUCUCUUCCAUCUGUUUUCACUUCUCCGCAUGUCAUCUCUCACAAGGAAUCUCGAUUCUUUACAAGGCAUAUCUCUUCAGAUCCACCAAAACCUGAAUUUUCAUCUCAACAUCACACUAAACUUGGCAAAAAUGAGGCUGUUGAGGAUGCAGGCCAGCUGUAUGAUAAUUCAGCCGACCUACCCAAAAAUUUUGAUCCGGGGGUUUCCAUUGGAGAAGCUUCUACUGAGGCGCCAAACGAGCAAUCAAAGUUUGCUAUUGAGCUACCACGAACGUUAAAAUAUGAUUGUGGUAGCCCAGAUUGUGAUACAAUUCCUUGUGUCCUAGAGACAAAUAAUGGUAAGCCCCAUUCUAAUGGAGCAUCAGUAUCGCUUGUUCCUUUUGUUCGACUGGAUUCUGAAAAGGUAGAGGCUACAAAUGAAGCUACGGGAUGUGAUUGGGAGAGUUUGAUUUCUGAUGCUGCCGACCUACUGAUUUUCAGUUCUCCGAAUGAUUCUGAAGCUUUUAAGGGCCUAAUUCAAAAACCACUGGAUCCUGAUGUAAAAUUUUCAUCUCUUAGGUCCCAGGUUCCCCAAACGAUGCUUACAAGUGUAGUUGUUUCCAGUUCCAGUGAGCCACAAAAUGAGCCCUCCCGAACUGCAGAAGCGAGCAAACUUGGGGACAAGGUGCUAGAGAAUAUAGGCAAUACUUGUAUGAAUAAGUGUCUGCAUAGCAAUCUCACUGGUCAGGUGAAUAAUGAGUUGACAACAAGCAUUCCAUUUCCUUGCGAGACUGUUUCUAAUCUGCAUCGAGGUAUGCGAAGGCGCUGUUUAGACUUUGAGAUGCUGGCAGCUCGGAGGAAGAACUUUGGUGAUGGAUCAAGGUCCAGUUCUUCUAUUCGUUGCAACUGCAAGAAAUCAAAGUGUUUGAAACUCUAUUGUGAAUGCUUUGCUGCUGGAGUCUAUUGCAUAGAGCCUUGUUCAUGUCUCGAUUGCUUUAACAAGCCCAUUCAUGAAGAUACUGUUCUGGCAACUCGCAAACAGAUUGAGUCUCGGAACCCACUUGCAUUUGCUCCCAAAGUGAUUAGGAGCUCUGAUUCUCUACCUGAAACUGGGGAUGACUCCAGUAAAACACCAGCUUCAGCACGGCAUAAAAGAGGCUGCAACUGCAAGAAGUCAAGUUGCCUAAAGAAAUACUGUGAAUGCUACCAGGGUGGAGUUGGAUGUUCCAUAAACUGUAGGUGUGAAGGGUGUAAGAAUGCUUUUGGCAGAAAGGAUGGUGAGUGA